AAUAUUUGACAUUUUUUAUAAAAGUCAAUAUUUUGUAUGAAUAAAAAAAUAAAUUUUAAUUUAGUGCUGACGUUGAGUGUGAUAAAUAUUUUGUUUCUCUCGAAAAUGUACUUAGAAUAUGUUCGUGAUUGUGGUCUAAAUAUAUAAGUAAUUAUUUAAUGCAUUAGACGUAAGCUCGGACCAUUUUGAAAGAAAGUCCUUAAACGAAUUGACUUGGCUGAUGCGCGAUGUUGGUCCCACGACGCCGGCUCACAUUGAUUUUAUGCAUCAUUUGUUUAAGCCUCUUACUAGUAGUUUAUAUAUUAAUAAAUUUCGUUGCACUUACAGGAGAAAAUGAGCCUUAUUAUGGUGCACUGCAAUCUAAAUUGCAAUCGUUAGAAGAUGGUCUACACCGCCAUGGACAGGAAAUGAAACACCUGAAAAAUCGAUUAGAUCACCAGUGGCAGCAGAAAGCGGAGUUGCGGCAGGAACAAACCCAACAACAACGGCAACAGGAGCAUGACUUUUUGGAAAAGCCGGUGUUGGCGGAAUUGGACCAAUGCAGUUUCGAUUUUCAACAGGUUCCCCAACCUGAUGUGCAGAUGCUGGAUAUGUACAAUGAGUGGUCGUUUGCGGACGUAGAUGGUGGAGUUUGGAAACAAGGUUGGAACAUCAAGUAUGAUCCAAUACGCUUUAAUGAGCACAAUAAAUUAAAGGUUUUUAUUGUGCCGCACUCGCACAACGAUCCUGGCUGGGUUAAAACCUUUGAGGACUACUAUGAACACGACACCAAACAUAUUUUGUCGAAUGCAUUGCGGCACUUGCGCGAGAAUCCCGAUAUGACAUUUAUCUGGGCGGAGAUAUCAUAUUUUUCGCGUUUCUAUGAAGACCUUGGUCAACACAACAAGCUUGAAAUGAAAAAACUAGUACAAAAUCGCCAACUGGAAUUUGUUUCGGGUGGUUGGGUGAUGCCAGACGAAGCGAAUUCGCAUUGGCUUAGCAUUUUGAUGCAACUUACCGAAGGGCAAACUUGGUUGAAGCAAAAUUUGAAUGUCACACCGACAUCUUCGUGGUCAAUAGAUCCAUUCGGACAUAGCCCUACGCUACCGUAUAUAUUAAAAAAAUCGGGCUUUCAGAACCAUCUGAUACAACGCACACAUUACUCCGUUAAAAAAGAAUUGGCGCUCAAGCGGCAGUUGGAAUUUCAUUGGCGUCAAAUUUGGGAUACCACUGGCAGCACCGGCCUUUUCACACACAUGAUGCCAUUCUAUUCCUAUGAUAUUCCACACACUUGCGGUCCGGAUCCGAAGAUUUGUUGUCAAUUCGAUUUCAAACGUAUGCAUCAGUUUGGACUCUCCUGCCCUUGGCAUGUGCCACCACAACCGAUAACGGAACAAAAUGUUGCACAACGCGCGGAGUUGAUUGUCGACCAAUGGAAGAAGAAGGCCGAAUUGUAUCGCACCAAUGCACUACUCAUACCGUUAGGUGACGACUUUCGUUUUAGCCAAAGCACCGAAUGGGACGUACAGCGUGUCAACUACGAAGCGCUUUUCGAUCACAUCAACUCCGAGCACCGACAUUUCGUCGAAGCCAAAUUUGGCACACUACAACAAUACUUCGACGCAGUGCACCAAGAGCAAAAGGAAAUGAAGCGUGAAUUCCCCACAUUAAGUGGCGAUUUCUUCACCUACGCAGAUCGUUCGGACAAUUACUGGUCUGGCUACUACACAUCACGCCCCUACUACAAGCGUUUGGAUCGUGUGCUCUUGCAUUAUGUGCGCGCUGCGGAAAUGUUAUAUGCUUGGCGCUCGUGGGACCCUGCAGCAAAGUUCGAAGAAAAGCUUCAAAAUGCACGUCGUGAACUUUCACUCUUUCAACACCACGACGGCAUCACCGGCACCGCUAAGACGCAUGUGGUGAACGACUAUGCACACCGCAUGCUCAGCGCUGUAACGGCAUGCCAAUUCGUGAUGCAGCAGUCGGUUUAUAGGCUGCUCACCAAGGCGUCGAUUUAUAUACCAGACUACAACUUCCAUUAUUUCUACUUGGACGAUUCACGUUGGCCCGGCCCGAGUGAUAGUCGCAGCACGAUUAUCUUGGGCGACGAGCUGCCCACUAAACACAUUGUUUUGCAUAAUUCCUUGGCGCGUUGGCGUGAAGAACUCGUCGAUUUUUACGUUUCCAGUCCAUACAUGGGUGUGCGUGACUCGCAAGAUAAACCGGUGGAGGCGCAAAUAACGCCUGUGUGGACCUGGCAUCGUCACACGCCCUCCAAUAGCAUCACACCGCAAGCGUCCACCACCAAAUAUCGUUUGCUGUUCAAGGCGAAGGUGCCGCCACUGGGACUGGCCACGUAUACAAUACAAGCGCAAAGCAGCGCCAAUAAAUACACCUCGUAUGCGACGAAUCUCAUUUUAACCACAAACCCAACCUCGAUUAGCAUAGGCAAUUAUCCGCAUGAGGUGAAGUUCGGCGAGCAUCGCCCGAUCUCGCUGCACGUGGCUGGCGGUCCAACAGUCGCUUUUAGCGGUGACGGCUUGCUGAAAUCCAUACAGAUUGACGCGCAUGCACCACACACACCCAUCAAGCUGAAGUUCUAUAAAUAUAGCGGCGACCGUUCUGGCGCCUACUUAUUCAUGCCGCAUGGACCGGCUACGCCACUGGUUGACAUGGCACCGCCCACCGUGCUCGUUAGUGAGGGCCCGCUGGAAGCCAGUGUAAGCGUCGGUUUGCCAUUCGUGGUGCAUCAGACCGUGCUGCGUGGCGGUGCGCCGGAAAUACAGAAUCUCGUCGAUAUCGGACGUAUGGAUGAUACAGAGAUCGCCAUGCGUUUGUCGACACGCAUAGAGAAUGGCGACAUAUUCUACACAGAUCUCAAUGGACUACAGCUAAUUAAGCGUCGACGUUUGUCAAAAUUGCCGCUUCAAGCGAAUUAUUACCCCAUACCAUCCACUGCGUACAUUGAAGAUAGCACUCUACGCUUGACACUGCUCACCGGCCAGCCUUUGGGUGGCUCAUCGCUGAGCUCCGGCGAAUUGGAGAUCAUGCAAGAUCGCCGCUUAACGCACGACGACGAACGUGGCCUUGGACAAGGCGUGCUGGACAAUCAGCCGGUGUUGCAUAUAUUCCGCGUGGUAUUGGAGCACAUAGAGACCUGCCUGAAACUCUCGGAAACUCACCCAUCAGGCGCGCUGACACCAAACGCCUACUUGGCUGCCCAAACGCUGCUGCAUCCGUUGGACAAGUUUAUUUUCAUCGAAAAUAAUUGGUUGGGUGUGCUGCCGUCGUUUGGUGAGGCACGUAGUGGCGUCAGCGAAGACACCAGCAUUGCGGUUAUGCGCAAUCUACCACCGACUAUAACCAAAAUACCCGUGGCACGUGAUCGCACACCCAAGGAGCCGUUGUUGAAUACGGGAGUUGUGUUGCAUCGCACACUGCUGCUGCAGUGCCGUGCCGCCGAUCAGCAGACUGGCAUUGUUAAUUUGCGCAAACUGCUGACGAUGGCCACAAUCACUGGUGUUUACAACACAAGCCUCACAUUCCUACAGCCGCCGCAGCGUUUAGAUACCGCUGAGGUAACGAAUCUCUGCCCGCUGGACACACAGGCCUAUAUAGUGCAACAUCUCGGCUAAAAUAAUUUAAACUAAUUUAAUUUAUGCAAAAAAUUCAAUGAGACCACCUUUUAGUUUAUUUUAGUAGCUUUAGUUUAUAGUUACAUGUAGAAACAUUGAAUCUCGUGACUCUCGAAGCAACUGUUACUCGUCGGUAUGUACCGUUUUUUGACUAGGCACAUUAUUUUAUUGUGUUGCUGUAGGCCACCUAUUUUAUCAUAUUAUGAUAAUGCUUUAAUUUAAUUUUUUUUAUUUGUUCACGUUUUUUAUGUGUGUACUUGUGAUAACGGUAACAUUUUGUUUUUAAUAUUUAAUCUUAUGAUUUUAUGAAUCUUCUGAGAAUUUAUGAUAUUCACAACAAAAGCGAAUUAUGUUAUUGCACCGUCUCAUUGUAAUCGACUUUGACGAGUUCUUACAAAUCUAAAUCUGUAAUAAUGAAUUUUGAAUAAAUGACGAAUGACUAAAAC